AUGGAGACCUCGAAAGAACAGUCGAAGAAAAGGAAAAGAAAGCAUGGAGGCAGCAAGAACUCCAUUGCGACGAAUGGCGACUCCAUGAAGUCACAAGCGAAAUCUGCUGUCCCUUCGAAACCGAACGGCGAGGUUGGCAAACAGGAGCUGAAGAAGCGCAAGACAAAUCACUCGUCCGCAGCGAGGGAGCAAGGUUUUGAAGAUGUAGAUGGACUUGAGAGCGCAGACGAAGUUGUCGAAGAACGGGAAGCCAGCGAGACUUCCCAAUCGCCCGUCGAACAGAAUGAAACUGAAACCGCAGAGUCUGAGCAACCUGCAUUACCUUCCUUGAAUACUGUUUCGCUACCCCAAACCGAAAGCGAACCUCAGAAAUUUUCUGAACUCAACCUUUCGGAAAAGACAUUGAAAGCCAUACAGGACAUGGGCUUCGAAACGAUGACCGAAAUUCAAAGGCGAGGAAUCCCCCCAUUGAUGGCAGGAACCGGCGUUAUCGUCGUAUCUCCAACCCGUGAAUUAGCAUUGCAGAUCUUUGGUGUUGCUCGGGAACUCAUGGCGCAUCAUUCGCAAACCUACGGCAUUGUCAUCGGGGGCGCGAACCAAAGAGCCGAAGCAGAAAAACUAACAAAAGGAGUAAAUUUGCUCAUAGCCACGCCUGGGCGUCUGCUCGAUCAUCUACAGAAUACCGAUGGGUUCGUUUUCAAGAAUUUAAAGGCCCUCGUGAUUGACGAAGCGGACCGGAUCCUGGAGGUUGGUUUUGAGGAUCAAAUGAGGCAAAUUGUCAAGAUCCUCCCAUCUGAAGACAGACAAACAAUGCUUUUUUCGGCAACUCAAACGACAAAGGUGGAAGAUCUCGCGCGCAUCUCUCUCCGCCCCGGGCCACUAUACAUCAACGUCGAUCACCGCAAAGAACAUAGCACGGUCGAAGGCCUGGAACAGGGCUAUGUUAUCUGCGAUUCCGAUAAACGUUUCCUCCUCCUUUUCUCCUUCCUAAAGCGAAACCUGAAAAAGAAGAUCAUUGUUUUCUUCUCAAGCUGCAAUUGCGUCAAAUAUCAUGCCGAACUGCUAAAUUACAUCGAUCUUCCCGUGCUUGAUCUUCACGGAAAGCAAAAGCAGCAAAAACGGACUAAUACAUUCUUCGAAUUCUGUAAUGCAAAACAAGGUACUCUGAUUUGUACUGACGUUGCGGCCAGAGGUCUAGAUAUCCCCGCGGUAGACUGGAUCAUUCAGUUCGACCCACCAGACGAUCCCAGAGAUUACAUUCACCGUGUGGGUCGAACAGCGCGUGGUGCGAAUGGAAAAGGACGCAGCCUAUUGUUCCUGCAGCCGUCGGAAGUCGGCUUCCUCAAACAUCUCAAGGAUGCUCGAGUGCCAGUAGUGGAAUUUGAAUUUCCAGCAAAGAAGAUCGUUAACGUACAGUCUCAGCUGGAGAAACUAAUCGGGCAGAACUAUUAUCUCAACAAGUCUGCGAAGGAUGGCUACAGAUCGUACCUCCAAGCCUACGCAUCACAUUCCCUCCGUUCUGUAUUCGACGUCAACAAAUUAGAUCUUGUUAAAGUCGCAAAGGGUUUUGGCUUUCCUACACCACCUCGGGUGGAUAUCACUCUUGGUGCCAGCAUGAGUAGGGAUAAAAAGCAGCCCAACCGACGAAAUUAUGGGAGUCAACCAAGGCACGGACCAAAAUUCAAGAGAAAAGCUGGCGAUUAUUAG